GCCAGUAGUACGUUGUGGCUUGUCCGAACGUAAACCUCCAACGAUUAUAAUUGUCCAAUAUAAAAAAAUAAAUACGCAUGUUCAUGUAUAAUUAGUGCAACAAAACGAUAAAUUAGUUAACCAUGACAGUUAAAUUCAGUUUGAUUUUUCGCGGAGUUUUUUGGUGACAGUUUUUUCUAUGCAUGGUUUUUUGUUUACCGGCAACGUAAUAUGACAUGAUAAGGUAACGACGAGUGCAGAGAGUGUUAUUGCAUGUAUUGAUAACAGUAUAAGUAUAAGGAGUGAAAAUAUAAAGAAAAAGAGAAAGGAAUAGACCUAGUAUAUAGAAUAGGAAAGAAAACGAAGGUGAAGGCGAAUGGGAAUUUUACCCUCUGGGGAAAUUUUUCCAAGAGUUGACUCUCUCAACUUUCAGAGUUUAUACUGAGCUAAACUAGUGUUGUGCGAGAACACGAGCUGUUACUCUGUUGGGAGUUUUCUGCAUGACUUCGGGGAUAUCUGUUUCUCUGGGGAGAAUCCGAAGUAGAACAUACAACUUUUGUUGAAAAAAACUCAUUCUUUUCAAUGUAAUUUAUUUAUUAGUGUGUUAAAGAAUCCAAGUAUAAUUUGAAUUUUAAAGUUUGUCAUCAUCUAGCCAUGACAUGUUCGAUUUAAAUUUAAAUAUGAUAGUUUGAAGAACAAUUCAUUUCGACCAUUGACGAGCGACGAAAUUCAUCCAGUACAGGAGCUGAGCUAACGUGCAGUAAAAAAUAUCGCGAGAGAGCUUGAUAGAAGCGCUCUAUUCUUCUCGCGUAAAUCUGGGGACGGAGAAAAGUUGUUUAAAUAAAAAUAAUGAUGAUAAUACGGGCGCUAUUGAAGUGAGAAGAAAAAGGAAGAAUACCUGACGAAAAAUAAUAAUAAUAAUAAUAAUAAUAAUAACAAUAAAAAAUAAAAAAAAUCUCAUUACACUGUCGGCAUCUUUUCAGUGGAACUUUUCCAGGGAAGACGAAUGCAUCGUUUUUCUUUUCCCAGUGCUCGGAUUUUUUUAGUUGCCAUCCAAGGACUCGGUAGGCAGAGACGUCGCCGUAGAGUGAAUCGCGAUAAGUAUCCUCGACACGUCGCGGUCGGUUCUGACGUCCGUGUAAGACGAAAUUGCUCGUCUGCGUUUCUGGGAAGAACCUCUGGACGCUAAAAUUUAUCAUUUUUCACCGCUCGGGAACCUUAUUUCUAUUCUUCUGUUACCGUGUUUCUAUUAUACCCAUAUAUCUAUAUAUAUAAAGUUUUAUGGCCGGGUACUUUAUGUAGGACGAGAUUUUCUCGACAAUCUUCUCACAAUAUCCUCUUGUUGGAGGUAGAGUCUCCUGAGCACCAGAAAUCUUGGCGAACUGACCAAGUAAUCUGCCGUAGAUAACAACAUGUGAAUUGUGUAUUUCGAGGUCAAAGAUGAGUUCCUGAAACAAAUCGUCCAAAUUUUGAUGACAUUAAUCUGAAAAGUAGGUUCAAAAAUGUCUUGAUUCGGGACUAAAAUGUUGAAGUACUUUGAGUAAAGACAAAGUACAUUUAGUUGGUUCUCGUUUCGGUAAAAGAGUGAAAAGUGAAAAAGGUAUUUGUGUUGAGAGAAAGUUGGAUUAUUUGAGCGGAAAUAUGUAUAAACUUUUUCGGCGUGGCUCCGGCCGCAUGCUGAUACUCUGCGUGGUCGUGCUGUCACUGCUGGUGUGUUUGUACUACGUAAGUCAGAUUCAGGCGCCGUCAACGGGUCAAGCACCAGCGCUUCUCGCCGCACCUGUGGGCGUUAGAUACGAGCAGCGGCAACCGCUUACCACCCUCGUACCUGAUUACAGUGAGCAGCCUGACGCGAGAGUUUCAGCGGGCAAUUGUCCGCUGACACAACCCCGGAAUGCUGACAUUGAUACCCUCACCGAAUAUUCAAAGUUUGAUUUCCAGCCAUCGUGGAUGAGAAGUCGAGAAUACUGGGACGACAGUUUUGAAGCACGAUAUGCGGAACUCCGUAAAGACCCGACAAGGCCACCGCUCAAGGUGAUAUUGAUGCCGCACAGCCAUACUGAUCCCGGGUGGCUUAAAACUUUCGAACAAUAUUUUCAUAGUUCGACACGCGGUAUCCUCAACAACAUGGUUACCAAGUUACAGCAGUGGCCAAAUAUGACGUUCAUUUGGAGUGAGGUUUCAUUUCUAUCAUUGUGGUGGGAGAGUGCUCACCCGACGAAGAAAGCGGUGGUUAAGCGGCUAGUGAAAGAGGGUCGCCUCGAAAUGACCACUGGGGGCUGGGUGAUGACGGAUGAGGCGACGUCCCAUAUCUACGCGAUGCUCGACCAGCUCAUAGAAGGUCACCAGUGGCUGAAAUCCAACCUCGGAGUAUCGCCACAAUCUGGGUGGUCAGUGGAUCCCUUCGGGCACGGAGGAGCUUUGCCGUAUCUCCUGAAGGCUUCUGGAGUAUCCGGGACCAUAAUCCAGCGAAUCCACUACGCGUGGAAGCAGUGGUUCGCCAAAAAGCAGUACGGCGACUUUAUCUGGCUGCAGCCAUGGGAUCAGAUUGGAGCUUACGACAUGCUGACUCACAAUCAACCCUUUGACAUUUACAACAUAAAGCACUCGUGCGGUCCCCACCCUCACGUUUGCCUCAACUUCGACUUCAGAAAGAUCCGGGGCGAGUACACCGAGUACUCCGUACGUGCUGUUGACAUAACGCCCAAUAAUGUCAAACAAAUGGCAGAACUCCUCCUUGAGCAAUACUCCAGAACCGGAUCCCUAUUUUCCCACAACGUCGUUCUAAUGCCACUCGGCGACGACUUCCGGUACGAUCACCCAAUUGAGUGGGACCAACAGUACACCAAUUACAAGAUCCUAAUCGACUACAUAAACAGCCGCAAGGACGAGUACAACGCGGAAAUAGUAUUCGGAACUCCCAAAGAUUAUUUCCGCGAAAUUGAAAAACGUAUGCUCAAGUUCCCCACUUUAAAAGGUGACUUCUUCGUCUACUCAGACAUCUUCAGCGAGGGCAGACCCGCCUACUGGAGCGGGUACUUUACCACCCGACCCUACAUGAAGAUCCUAGACCGCGAAUUGGAGGCAAAUUUGCGCUCCGCUGAAAUUCUCUACACAGUAGCGCUGAACGUAGCAAGAAGAAGCGGAAAUGAUAUUAAAUUGUACGAAACUUAUUUUGAGAAAUUAGUUAAAGCUCGCCGCAAUCUCGGUCUCUUCCAGCACCACGACGCCAUCACAGGAACCUCAAAGUCCUUCGUGAUGAAGGACUACGCUCUAAAACUCUUCGAAUCGAUUUCCGACAUGACCAAUGUCCAGAGUUUCGCGAUACAGUCGCUGACCGCAACUUCCUCCAAGAGCAAUAUCAUCUACGUCCUGCCGGAAAGCGAUCGCGAUAGCUUUGAAAAGCUCCCUAAGAAGAUACCCAUAAUGAUAAACGGGCACGAGUCAAAGAAAGUUAUCCUGUUUAAUCCCUUGGCGCAACCAAGGCAAGAAGUUGUUAGCGUUAAAGUAAACUCUCCGAAAGUUCGCGUUCUGGAUCCCUCGAAAAACCCGGUCCCGUACCAGAUAGCGCCAGUUAUGAAUGCAACAAGUAUCACUCAUGAUGUAUACGUUCUGUUGUUCGUCGUGGACUUGAAGCCUUUGGCAAUAGCGACUUACCACAUCGAGCAGAUCGAUAAGGUCCCUACUGAGGCGCUGUCUACGGUUUACUGCAACAGAUGCGGGAAGGACAACGUUUUUCCUAUAAAAUCGAUGCCUUCCAGUGACAUCCAGUUGGAGAACCAUCGCAUGAAGCUGCUGAUCGAUGGACAAACGGGACUUCUCAAGCGAGUUACCAAAAAGUCUACUGGGAAAGUUACGCAAUGUACGAUUCAGUUCGCGGCGUAUACUUCUGCGCAGUUUCACAGCGGAGCUUAUCUGUUCAUGCCGGAUCCGAAUUUAAGAGACACUGAUAAGGAUAUUUUGGAAGCUUAUACACCGCAUCAGAAGAUAUACAUCGUGUCGAGUAGUUUGAGCUCCAGGUUGACUGUCGAGUAUGGAAAAUUGCUGACCCACCAUGUCACUAUUUUUCACCAUGAUGGUCCACUGGCUGAAGCGAUCCACAUUAGAAAUGUUGUUGACUUUGAAACUCCGCCGAAAAAUCGGGAAACGGAAAUGUUCAUGAGAAUUCAAACGGAUUUGGUUAAUGGGGAUCCACCCGAGUUUUACACAGACGUUAAUGGCCACCAGAUGCUGAAGCGGACCAAGAUAGAGCGAAUUGGAAUCGAGGGUAACUACUAUCCGAUAACAACUAUGGCUUACAUUGAAGACAAUACGCAGAGAUUAACUCUGUUGGUGAACCACGCGCAAGGUGCAGCCAGUUAUCAGCCUGGUUGGCUGGAAGUUAUGCUAGAGCGGAGAACUUUGUACGAUGACUCUCGGGGCAUGGGUGAAGGCUUGCUGGAUAACCGUAAAACGGUCCUCAAACACUGGUUGCUUCUGGAGGAUAUAGUUGGAGACAAAGACGAGUACUCGAAGCCCUCGUUGUUCGCUAAUCACAUUAGCAACUUUCUUAAUUACCCUAUAAAUAUAUUUAUUGUUGACAAAACAGAAAGUGAUGUUACUAUUAAGCCGGAGGUUAAGUUAAUAAGUAAGAGUUUGCCCUGUGAUUUGCAUCUGCUUAAUUUAAGGACUAAUCACGAUCAAAAGCUACCCCACUUUCCGGUCAGCAGCGCCCUGAUGGUUCUUCACCGGCAGGGCUACAGUUGUUCAGUCGGAGCGGAUAUUACGCUUAAACACUGUCCGCUUACAGAUAAACCUCAUCCAGCGACGAGCUUUUAUAAGUUGAAUCGCACUAAUAUUACGCGCAUGUCUCUUACGGGGACUUUUGUUAAAAAGUACUUGAAAGAGGGAUUCAAAAGCAUUAAUCCGAUGCCAAUGGAGAUUGAAACUUACAAUGUACAUUUUUUACAGUGACUGUGUAGCUAGUGUUAAAUUGUUUUAUAUAUAAAAUUAGCGAUUAGGUAUAAAUAAUAUUUAAAUAGCAUUUAUCUUCUUUUGUUUAUUUUAACUCGACAUUACCCGAGUCGAAAUUUAAGUCGUAGAUUCAACGUAUUGAACGUUCAAAUCAUAAAUUCGACAUUUUGAAUGUUUAAAACGUCAGUUUAACAUAUUGGACGUAAAAAAUAUAGAUUCAAAAUUUUUAAAAAAGAAUAAAUUCAAAGAUACUCCAAGUACCAUUGGUUCGUAAUUAAACACUAGCUUGUCUUCUUAAGGGGGAACACCACUGUGACGAUCGAAAAAAAGAGGUGAUUUUCGGGAAUUUUUUUGACAGGGAAAAUAAAGGAAUUUGGGAAUCGGGUUUUUUUUUAUUUUAUUAAGGGUACAUUAAAGAUUAUAACCCUAAAUUUUUAUUAAAAAAUAUUUAAUUAUUACAAAGUUAUUAACAAUCUCGUCGAGCACUGGAGAAAAUUUCCUCCUCCAUAGUCGGUUC